AUGAGGAAACAGUUUCCUAUUCGAUUGUGCUUUGCAAUGACAAUCAAUAAAGCUCAGAGACAAACAAUUCCAUAUGUAGGUAUCUAUCUUCCAGAACCAGUAUUCUCGCAUGGACAACUUUAUGUUGCAUUGUCCAGAGGGGUUUCACGUUGCAAUACAAAAGUAUUAGUAAAGCCUAACGAAAAUUCAAAAGGUGAUGGGGUUUAUACAGCAAAUGUGGUGUAUAAAGAAACCUGCUAUUUACAAUUGUGGUUCGUUUCUUCCACCUCCAAAUUAACCCGCCAUCAGGAGUUCCCUCUUGAUCUCUCCCAAAUAAUUCAUGACCCCUCUUUCUCCUUCAUCUCUUUCUUCAUCGAUCUACUCCACCACAUUGUCUUUGGUCUGCCAAUCAACACGAUUGCCAGUACUCAGUCUCUCUAUCUCUCUACUCCAUCGCUAUUGUCUCUCGCCACCAUCACUUUAUCUAAUUCGCUACUAUUAUAUCUUGCUAGUGCACAACCCACCACCAGUGAUUGGUUUCGUCACCACCAUCAACUAUCCCCUCCGACGAAGGCAUCCAAAGGUCGACGCUCCUGUCCAACUAUAACACUAUCCACCAUCAACGCCUCCAUCGUCGUUUGGUCGCUCCAUCUUGCCUGUGUGUUCUUCUACAUCAAGUUCAAUUUAGCAAAGGGUUGGUGUUGUUGUUUACUCACAUUACAAUAAAAGAUGAAUCCUAGACAAAAGGUUAAAUCAAGGCUGUUGAUCAAGAAAAGUGAAAAUUAUUUGCUGGGAAGAGAUGUGACUAUGGAAUUGAAGAAUGUCUUGAUGAUAAGAGGAACCCUUCAUUCGGUUGAUCAGUAUCU